AUGGCGUCACUCCAUGAGAUUCGUAUUACCGGUGACGAUUUAGGCCUCUUCGACCUUCCUAACGAGAUUUUGAUCCAUAUGUUGGAUCUACUCCCCACGCAGUCGCUGCUUCAGACCAGAUCCGUCUGCCACCGCUUCCAAAACCUGAUCAUUCGCAUUGUCCAUGGGCGGCUGUUGCGCGCAGCAACACUCACUGAUCGAAAGCUGAUUCUCGAAUGCUAUCACCCGUCAGCGCAGUACACUGAGCCAUACUUGUACUGCGAUUAUCUUGGCACCCCUGGGCUCAGUGAUGAGAUCGAAGGCCAGGGCCGGAUAUCCGAGGUUGCAGACGAUCAAGCAGCCAAGCAAGGUACAUUUGGGAGGCUGUAUUCCCACUUUCGGCCCACUCGAAAAGAUCCAGAUCCAAAGAUCCACCGUCCGCAUCCAGCUGGCGAUGUACCAGGCUCUAGAACAAGUGAGGUAGCAAAUCGAAUCAGAGAACCUUUUGAAAGAAACACUGUGACGCAAAAUGUCAGUUUAGAGGCCCAUGAGCUUUUCAUGCAGCUCCGCUUUCUCGUAGCUGUGGUUCAGACCGGCCCGCGUCGGGGCUUUUUCCUCAGCGUUGAAAACAUCAUAGAUAAAACCCAGCGGAUAUUCAGGAACUGGCUCGCUGAGAAGGCCAAAGCCACAGAAAAGCACAUGACAGGCGCCUCCGACAGCGUUGCGAACGAGCUUGGCCGUGAAGCCGAUGACAUGCUGUGGGUCGAUCAAGACAAGAAAGUUGGGCUGAGAGUGCGGGUCGAAGAGAGGAAAGGGCGAAAAGAUUCACCAAUAUUGGUUUACAAAGAUGAGGAUCAAGCGAUCAGCUACUCCCUGGAAUUAGAAGAAUUGAUUGUUAGUACCACACAUCUAAUGCUCGCCGUGGAAAAGCAGUUGCUCGCGACAGGAGAAGGAAAUGGCCAGGCCAUGGUCUUUGGGAACUUCGCAAUACCGAACGCACAGUAG